UCGUGGGCAUAAAACGAGUACGUAACUCAUUCAAUUACCUCAUUUAGAAUUAGGAAACAUCCGCUUUGCACUGGUGCGUAUUGUGAGGGGCGGGAUAGCAGAGCAGAGAGAGAUAGAUCACGAUAGCAUUGAAGUUUCUACAAUGCGCUGCGGAUAAAAAACGUGAAAGAUGAAGACUCAACUCAUAUUCAUACUAUUUUUCCAAAUUGGUUUCAUCUAUCCAGGUCUUCAAAGCAAUCUGGCACCGUUUCUUGACACAACAAAUGUUAACUAUGCAAUCAUAGAACAGCAGAUAACAUCAGGCUCAGUACUGAAAAGUGUUCUUGCUAAUGACCCCGAGAAUGGCACUAUGACAUUUUCGAUAUUUGGCGUUACUUACUAUGGAAAUGACACAACUUCACCUACUGCAGCCUUUGAUUUGUCUUGGGCUCUUACGAAAAGACCAUUAACUAGUGUUACUCAGUGUAGUUUAGCGGAAUCGUAUCCUUUUCCAAGAAAUCUUUUUUGUAUGGAGCCAGGCAGCAAUGCAAUAAAGACGACAACCAAAUACAACACUUUCCAGAAGAAGGACUUUUCCUUAUUUGCAGUUACGGUGUUUGUAGCUGAUAAUGGUGUGCCUGUUCGGAAUCUGACAACUGAUUUCUAUUUCCGUGUGAAGGAGAUUUGUAAUGACAGUACUAGAGAAUACACGAAUCUGAUGCAGAACUGCCCAGAUGCAAGAGAGAAUAUUAUACGGGAAAGCAUCCCCUCUGAAGUUGGCUUCAUGUUCAUUGUUCCAAAUGAUACGAAGAUUUCCAGAAUAACAAUCGAUUUUAAGAGGAUGUUUCUUUACAAAGGAAUAGCAGAGAGCAUAAACUAUUCGUUUCGUUAUAAUGAUGGUGUUUCCAAUCAGAACAGCGUUGUAGAGAGAAGACUUUUGGUCAAUACAACGAUCGAGCCAUUGGUUAAUAUCUUCCUCUGGAAACCAAUAAACAUAAGUGCAAACAAGGCCAAUGUGACUGUUCAUCUUUCAAUUUCGACCGGGAAGAGUGGCCAGUUGAGUGGAGGUGAAAAAGCAGUGACACUAACUCUUCUUGACAACAGCAAAAAUUAUUGUCAAAAUGAAGAAUGUGUACGUUUAUAUUCGGCUGUAUCUGCUACAUCGGCUAAGGCUGGUGGCAAACCCGAAUGUGCCAGACAAGAUCCUUCAGUUGUUAUAACAAAAUAUGAUUUGUGCAAAGUUGUUAACAAAGCUCCUGUGUGGUUGAAUUCCAACAACGAUUUUACUGCUAUUCCUAGAAGCUUGCGUCCGGGCACUGCAAUUUUCUCUGUAAAUGCUACGGACACAGUUCCCCAGAAGCUGUUCUACUCUAUCAUUGGAGUAACGUAUUACGCCAAUGAAUCCGGUGUGCCAAUCAAGGCGCGUAAUCCUAGUUGGGCAGUUAAAUCUGACAAUUGGACUAACAACAGUACAAAGUGCAAACUGGCUGAGUCACUUCCAUCCCCGAGAAAUCUUUUUUGCAUAGAACAUAAAGAAAACACAAUAAAGACAACAGGAGUUUACAACUCGUUGAACCCUCAUUUUAAUUCACUCAUCGUCAUUGAAAUUGCAAUUUUUGACGAUGGUUCGCCUCAGCUAAGCACAAAGGGACUGAUCUACCUACGCACUUUACCUUAUUGUCCACAAAUAAACCAAGCAAUGUCAAAGUGUAAAGUAGGACUGGAGCAACUAACCUAUCGAUCUUUUUUGCAAACAGAUACUUUUCUUGUGCAAAAUUCAAAGUACGUCAGCUUACACAAGUUAAAUUUGGAUUUUGGCAGUCUCGUUCGCUUGCAAGUGAACGGCCCUGCUACUCUUGUCACAAAAAUCACCAAAUUUAACUCUACCAAGCUGCUGCUAGAGAAAAGACAGCAUCUGCUGCAGAACACGAUAAAAGAACGCCGUCUGCUUAUUGAUCUUGGUACCAAUGUCAUUGCCAAUGGUUCAUUUUAUGUCUCAUUUGAAGUGCUGCCUUUAGGGUCUACGACUGGUGCAAUAAAAUUAAAAUCCAAUUCCGAAGUGUCGCCUUUUACGAUCUAUGGACUUAGCAUUAAACCCAGUUGCUUUGAUGUUGAGUGCCGCGAUUUUUACAGUUCUGUAAGAGCUACUCUUCGUAACCAGAAUCAGAUCGAGUGCCUUCAAAGCGAUAUUACAUAUUUACUUGAUGCGAGAUAUGAGUCAUGUGGCAUUGUUCCAAGUGGCAAUGUGACAAUCCGUACUGCUCAGCCACCGGGGAAUUCACCAAACGGAACAGUUAUUGCUACAAUGAGGGCCUUAGGAAACAACGGUGUAUUCUACUCUAUAACAAAGGUUAGCAUAUGGCCUGAUGAUACGGGAGCUGAUUACAGAAGUGCGAAUUCAUCGUCCUGGGUGAUUAAAACGAAAUCAGAUGCUGAAAAACCUUGCUUCAAAUCUGAGAGUUAUCCAUUCCCAAGAAACCUCUUCUGCGUUAACGCGACAGGUUUUGUGCUAACAACGUCUAAAUUUGCUUAUAGAUUGAAAGCUAUUCCCCAAUUCAAGGUAAGUAUUCUCGCCAGUGACAGCGAAGACCCAAAGAAGAAUACUACAAUGACAUUGCUUUUGUUGGUAAAUUAUGACAAAGCUGCAUGCGCUGCUUGGUCUGCAGAUCUAAUGACAUUUUAUGGGAACUGUGAUGGAUCUUUGAAUGCUCCUAUUAUCCCAAGAAAUACUUCCCUGCUUGAGUAUAGGUUCACUGUUUCAUCGACAUCUCUUUUGGCUCAAAUCGGUCUAGCAUCAACUCUAUUAGACAAUGCCGAAGUUGGAAAAAAGAUAACAUUUAGAAUUGCGAGAACUGGUCACAAGAUUGCUAGUUUAACAAAAACUAUGAUAUACCUACCGACAUUCCCUAAAGAGAACUUUCACUUAAAUUUCAGUUUUUAUAACAGGCCUAUGCUACUUACUAAAGGAGAUGCAGUUACUGUUUUUCUUCAGCCACAGUUUUUACUAGCAGGGAGUUCUAAUUUCGGAAAUAUGGUCAUCAACUCUAUACCAGUAAAAGAUUAUUGCCUUACUCGGUGUCUUGCAAAUUAUACGAGACUCUUGAAUAUCUUUGCUGGUUGGCGGCCUAGGUUCCCUUGCAGAUCGUCCGAUGACAAAUUCUUCAGUGCAAAGUAUGGCUUUUGUUCUGCAAACGUCCCGCCAUCGUUGACCGUAUCAGGUUUGCAAGUAAAGAUAUCUACGCCACUUCCUGCUGGAAGUGUUAUCGGGAAGUUACUUGGAACGGACAGGGAAGGCAAAGCCAUGACUUACGGUGUUGCAUGGGUGCAUUCAGCUGUGCUCAAAAGCAAUGGUACAGUUCAACCUCAGCAGUACACUGGACAGUCAUGUACUGAAAUGGAGAAAUUUCAGGCUCCUCUUAAUUAUAUCUGUAUUGUUCAAAGUACUGGGGAGAUAAAAACUACUUCAAAAUUUGUCCAUACAUAUGGAGAGGUUUUGACUGUAAAGGCCUAUGUAGUUGACAGUGGAAUUCCUAGGAGACUCGGCAGCACAUUUUUCAAUAUAACUGUGCACGAUCCUUGCGAGAGAGCUAAACGUCAUUAUGCAACACUGUCACAAAGUUGUGCGCUGGGCCCUGGAAAUAUUUUGUCAACCAGAAGUACAGGAACAAAGUUAGAAUUUAAUAGUGUGUAUUUCGACAGAAUUGUGUUUUUAGAAGUGGAUACGAAGCAGUUGACCUUCCCAAAUGAAACUCUACAUACUGUAUUUUCUAUAAGACAGGUAACGUCGUUUGAGCCAAUUUAUUCGUAUGGAGACAUGGUAAAUGUUACAUUGAAUAACACUGCUUUGAAAACAGAUAGAAGCAUAGUUCUUAGGCUUCCUCUUCAACUUUCACUGACUAACAUCAAACGAGUCGAAGUGACAGCAACGGCCUAUCUAAAAAGCCUUUCUUUGGGAGCAACAACAGCCACAACAAUAACAACAACUGCCACCUUACCGUCGGUAAUAUCAACAGCUUCUUCUAACAUGACAGGUGCCAGGGCAAGGAAGAGAAGACUAGCUUUGUCUGGAGAGACUGUAACAUCGUCAACAAAAUUUCAACAGCGUAGUAUAAUUUUGAAUGGAGCCGGUGUGAGGCUGUACGUGCAGAGUUUGAAAGACAGCUGCGGCUCCUUGCAUUGUGUCCAAUUGUAUCGGGCGUGGGACAAUGCUGCAAAAGAGAGCAAGGUGGAUUCAUGCAAAGCAGAUCAAUUGCAGCUGCAUCAUUUAUACAAGAUUUGUUUAAAUCCUCCGGUUUUCCAAUCUCAUCCACAAAACUUGAGCUUAAAUUUUUCGUCGCUGAUCUCAUUGUCAUGCAGCUUCCGCAACUACACCAAUGUCACAUUCCAGUGGGUGAAAGAUGGACAGCUGUUUAGGCCACCAUCUUUGCCAUCAUCUUUACCUGUUAGAGAGUUGUCAUUUGCUGAGCAGACGAUUUCGCAGACAUCUAUUGUUAGUAAAGCCGAGAACCUUCGGUUUGCUGGAUCGAAUCCUGAGUUUCAAGGAUAUUACUCCUGUAGAGUCACGGAUGGAUUAAACCAUACAGUUGAAUCAAAGCCUUCUUUGAUACACUUCAGUGAUAUUUCAUCGACAAGAAUGACAUUGAAAUUAAAACGGACUUUCACCGAUUCAUUGAAAAACGCGAAGUCAGACGAUUAUGCCCAGCUUUCAGGUUCCGUUCAACGAGCACUCCAUGCACUAUUCGACAAAAGCGGGAUGCACAAGGAAAGACGAAUUGUAAUCAAAGGUUUUCGACCCGGAAGCGUAAUAGUGGACACAAACGUGUAUUUCAUGAAUGUCACAAAGACGAGCAGAGGAGAUCUAUGCCCACAGCUUCAGAAUUUCACUUCAGGUGGUGUCAGCUCCGGUUUAGAGAUAUCGUCAAUCGAGCCUGUAUCUUAUGAUUGCUGCUACGCAAGCCCGACUGGAGAAGUAAACAUCAAAGGGGUAAUUUAUUGGAAUACAACUAUUGCAAAUGAAUUUGAUAACAAAGGAUGUCCGUAUCCAUUUCCUACGUCAUCAGGAAACGUAACUGCUCAUGGGCAUGCAUGGAGAUUUUGUUUACCAAACUUUCGCACUGGUGCUGAAUGGGAGAUGCCUAACACAACUGACUGUGCCUACAAGACACUAACUACUUUUAAACUGGAGAAUAUUUCAAGAAUAAACAUUACAGAUGGCAAUGCUGAAGCUGUUUCAUGGGAGCUAAAUUCACUCACAGACUCAAACAAUGACAUCACAAAUCGCCUUGAUGUCAAGUUUACUGCUGACACGAUUCAUAACUUGGUUUUCAGUAAAAAACAAUUACCUAAGAUUACGAAUAACAUUGUCAAUGCAACAAGCAACAUGAUGGACUUCAAUAAAACAUACGUUGUCGAAUCGCAGCUGCAAUAUAAGUCUUCCUCUCGAGUGCUCGAUUCUUUGGAAAAUCUUGCAAACGAUAUUCCAGUUACAAGCAACGCUUCUGUUCGUGCUGUAAGCAAAAACAUUGCAUUGACAGUGCAACUCAUCUCCCAGCUCAAAACUGACGUGAUAAUCAAUGCUGGGCGUAGUCGUGUGUCUAAGUACAAUGAGGUGAACAUACAGAGAGACAGGGCUAAAGGUUCAUAUAUUGUGACGUCAGCCGAGAUCGUCCUACCCAAAGCAAUGUUACAGAAGGCAGCAAUAUUGAAACCGGGAGUCAACAAACGCGUUUACAGCUUCUUGUACGACAAUGAUAUUUUGUUUCUAUCUAAAGCAUCGCUCCAGGCCCUUGGUCAGAAGAACUUAACUAGAAAAGUAAACAGCCGCGUUCUCUCAGCCUCUAUUGGAAAUAUAAAGUUAAGAAACCUUAGCUAUGAUGAAGAAAUGAGAGGUCUGUUUACGCCUCUCUCGGGUCAGACUGGCAAGACUGUUUGCGUAUUCUGGGAUGCGAAAUUUCAAGAUGGAUUUGGUGCCUGGUCUCCUAAUGGCUGCAGGCAUGAUGGAGUUGAGAAUUCUAUGGACAAGUGUCGUUGCAAUCACCUUACAAAUUUUGCCAUCCUUCUCGAUGUCACUGGGAAAGGCACUCCAAGUGAAGCAGCCCUCGCCCUCAGCAUCAUCUCCUACAUUGGCUGUGCAAUUUCCUUGGUCUUCUUGCUGAUUACAUUUGUAACAUUCGCCAUUUUCAAGAAACUUCGUUCAAAGAGACCCCCGAGGAUUCUAAUGUGUCUUUGUGUGGCCCUGAUGCUUACUUUGAUCAUUUUCUUGGCUGGAAUAUCGGCUAAAGAUCUAAAAGGCUGUCAGACAGUCGCUCUCCUUAUUCACUUCUUUGUUUUGGCAUCAUUCAUGUGGAUGGCAGUGGAGGGUUUUAAUCUUUAUCUCAGCUUUGUAAAAAUUGUUCCCAGCAGCAUACCUUAUUUCAUCGUGAAGGCAAGCCUAUUUGCAUGGGGACUACCAUUAGCAAUAGUGGUGAUUACUGCUGGGAGUACGAAACUAGAUGCGUACGGAAAGAAGAAUGGGGACGAGUGGCUGUGUAUGGUGACUGGAACUGCGUUUUACGCCAGCUACCUGGCUCCAAUAAUCUUGAUUGUUGUUGGUAACCUCGUUGUGAUGGUAUUCCUAAUCAAGUCACUUCGCGCCAGCUCACGUGUUAGCAAGGAUCGGAAAAUGACCGACAUUGCAAUGGCGCGAAUAAUCGCUGCUUGCUCCGUGCUUAUGGGCAGUACGUGGAUUAUAGGCUUGUUUGCUGUGGAUGUGCUAACAAUUCCAAUUCAAAUCAUAUUUUGCAUUUUAAACUCCCUGCAAGGCUUCUUCAUUUUCAUUUUCUAUUGUCUGCGCAACAAAGAUGCCCGCAAUGAAUGGAGAAAUGUUUUUGGAUGUCGUUCCAAGGACGAUGCAAAAUCAAGUUCAACUGGUGGAUAUCAAAAACAAAAGACUCCCGUUUCAACAGCUUCUAUUGAUUCGCGUAAAGGAUUGGUCGCUAAAACUGGUCAUUAUGAGUUAAGAGAGAGGGAUAUCAAAAGCGAUACUAUGACGACAUCUGUACGAGAUAGCGUUGCUGAUGAAAAAUCGGCGACAUUGAAAAGCUUUGCACCGGCCUUGAAUGGCAAUAACGAAGACAAAAACCUUCAAGAAACAGAUUCGCAAUGUGUACAAAUGAAUUUUGAUAUUGAGCCUGUUGAAAUAACAAUUCAUCUAGAACCUCCAAAGUAAACGCAUGGUAAUUGGUCAUACAUUGGGCUUCCUAUUCUAAACUUUUAAGAUAUUUAAACAUGUACGAAUUUCAAUUUUAGUAUCGAUAAUCGCAAAAUGAACACACAAUUAUUUUGGUUCGGAUAAUUUUCUUUCGGUUUUGUAAAGAGGAUUUGUUUGAAAUCUGUACCAAAAUGUAUGCAAAUCCCAAAAUUAUUUUAAAGUCUAUUCAAAACUUUCAAAAUAUCCAGGUAUGAAAAAUCUAUUUCAAAUCAUAUCUUCCGAGAAAACGGCAGUCAUACUGAAUAAUUCACUUCAUUUUAGGGAUGAUUAAAGGCAUGAAAGUAUAUAGUUACGGAUUAUUUUUGCAACAUUUUAUCGAACCGCUUUUAGGUACAGAGUUUGCAUACCAGCAUGGUCAGGAUAAAUUGUUUUCAGCGCCUAAGUAACAUUGGCAGAAAAAACGGAUUUGAUCAACGUCUUGUAUUAUAGCAACCGAAAAUAAGAUAUUUAAAUCCCGUCUCCAAAGACAUUUAAAGUAAAGAAAGCGAAAACCCUCUUUGAGUUUAAGUGUCACUCAAACACUUCGUCUUUGGGAUAAAGUGUCACUUAUAUCUUUACGUAAAUAAAGUAGUACGUUAAGAAAAUUGAUGUCAGUUAUUCUAAAUUCAAUGGCAAAAUCAAAGCUAUUUUGGAAAUGCCCAGUCCCUUGGAAAAGCUAAGUACCUUGAACCGGUCCAGUUUUUAGAAACUAUAGGCUGAUCUUUUAGUGAUUGUUUACUUUCAUACAGCUUUUCAAGUUAAUCUUAGGUACAAGCACACAAAUUCAUUCAUAAACUUGUACAACGUAUAUAGUUAUUUAUGCUGUAGAAAUCCAAUCAAGUAAGCCAUUUGGCAUCGUCCAGUUUCGUUAUUAAUUGAAACUGAAUUUAUUCGCUGAUUUAUUCGAUAUUUUGGAGAUUUGAGAAUUUGAAACGUGUAGGAUGGUCCUCCUAAUGUCAUAAUCUUAAUGCAUUAGAAGCAAUUUUGAAAGCUACAUGAAAUCUACAGCC